AUGAAGUUUUUGGAGGACUGCCCCAUACACCUCCUCAUUCAUCUCUGUUUGCUAGUGGGUGGGAUCAUUGGAGCCUUAAAGGGGUCUCUCCUGCUGUACGACUCCACGAGGAUGAGGCAGCUUCUGUCCAAGGCCAUGGUGAUCGACAAUGACAACGAUGAUGAAUAUCCCUGGAGGCAGAAUGCACACAAGUAUUAUAGACACCUCAGCCUCAGCCUCUUCCUCUGCCUCUGUUUCAUUCUGGGAAACCACUGGGUCUUUUCCGUUUACCUGCCUGAUUUUAUUCCCCCUUUCCAGCAGCCUCAGGAUUACUGGGACAAAACCCUGUACCUCUUUGCAGUAGGGGUCCUCGUGCUCAGCCACACCGUGCUGGGCCUACUGGUCCUAUGCAGCGGUUGUGUCUACGUGUGGUCCAGGUGA